GACCAACAAGGCAUCAACCCAGUCCUAUCAGACGGCGGCGCUUAGCCAGCACGCAGAACCUUUUGUCAUUGGACGGACAUAAGCGCCGUGAGGGAUAAGUCAGGCGAGGAAACGAGGCGUAAGGCUAUUGUUGGCAUAGGGUUUCAUCUGGAUUCGGCGUUUCUAUAUAUUGACCCAAUGCCUCAUGGUACAGCAUCAGACCCUCCCUCAUUCAUAGACGAAGAAUCCGUGCCUCUUCCUGUGAGAGAUGCUCAUAGUCUGCGAAGCCGCCACAGCCAUGCCGUCAAAGAAGGAAUGCGAUGACUUGAUAGACAGCCUUACUACUAUUCCUCUCCUUUUCAAGCGCGUCAAGGCGUUGCUAGAUCACUCGCAGCAACCGUUAGAUGAUGCGAUCUUCUGCUCUCUGUCCAGAGUCAGGGCUGAAGUCGAGUUUCUUGACGAAACCAUUGAGCGACAUCUCAGUUGCCUCGUAUUCCCCUUAGGACCCGACACUGGCAAGCCAGGCGCCGUGGAAGCGGACAUUCUGUCCGUUCGCUUGUCGCCUAUUUCCUCUACCGUCACUGGCAGGCAAGAAGCGUCUGUUGUGCCUCUGAUUUCGACACUGACAGCAGAGAACAUCGCAAGUUUGACCCGAAAUGAUUGUGCCGCUGGAAGAGAAUGCCGAACCGACCCGAUCCCAUCUUUUGAAGUAGGGAGGGGUGCCGAGAAACGCGGAUUGCCCGGUCCAUCGCACGACAUCGUGGAGAUGCCUAGGCGAUUCCUCGGAUUGAUUCCGCCAUCCCGUGACGUGUGUUUCGUUGACUUAACAACAGAACAUAGCCCCAGGUAUGGCCCCGCCCUGGAUACCGCGUCAACGAUAGACGUCAGUUCCAAUCGCAAUCUUGACUCCGCCACCGAGCCAAGACCCAACGGUAAGCCUUCUUCGAGGAGCAUCGUGAGAUUGAUUGACCGGGCAGUCGAGCAUGCCCACGUCGGUUGGUUAUCGUGCCGAGACCAAGCUCAAUUCAGAGAAAGGCUUAGUCAAUUUUGUCCAGGACGGUAUGUUGACGACGUUGUGUUCCUUGCCAUGCUUCAGUUAGUGUGUUGUACCUCUUCACUUCAGAUCAUAGAUCCAUUGCUUGUGAGGUUCACAGAGCCGUUCUUAACCUCGGGCGCUUUCGCGUUCGCCAAGGGUUUUGACGGGAUCGUACUGCCAAUCAACGUCAAUGCGGCAGAUCAGUUGUCGGAUCACCACAGAAAUCACUGGAUUCUUGCAAUCGUCAACUGGAAAACGGAGGCAUUCGACGCCUUCGGGAUGCAUCCAGUUGCUUUUUCUCGAUGGAGCAAAAGGAUCGAUGAAUACGUCUCGGAACUUCGUGGCGCUGUGACGCAACUCGAGAAGAGAUCGCACGAACUGGGACCCUAUGUAGAUGACUCAUGCUGCGCUUUUCUCUGCACUUACGCUCUUAAGCGCUACCUGGGCCGGGCACCUCAACGUCAAAAACGAUGGCCGAUGGGUCCCGCGUUGAGAAGACACUACUUGCGCAGACUUCUUAACCAAUGGCAGCUGCCCGCCAGCCAUCCUACAAAAGGGUCGCAGUCUUCGGCCUCUAGUAACGGACCAAGGGUUGGACGAGCGCUUCUCUGUUGACGAAGCCAAAGUAGUGGGGGGCGCUGUAUCAGAGGGAGCUGUCGCGACACAGUCACGUAGAGGAAUCCCCCCAAACCGAAAUCAGCGACCGUAAUCUCCGUCAGCUUAGCUAAGCAUCGCAUGAUAAGGAGACUGGUGUCGGAUUCGACUGGCCAGCCAAUUAAAUCUUCGCUGGAGUCCUCCACCAGAUGGCACCAGAUCGUAUGGCUUAGAAGGACGUUCGACAACGGCAGUCCCCGUUGAGGCAGCCAAACAAUUCGACG